AUGCUGUGGGUCCUCCUUGCCACAUGUGUUCUGCCCUCGGGUGGUGACGGCCCGUUGGUCACUUCGACAUCCUCGACGGCACCCCCUGCCGUCAAUGGCACCUGCAAUUUCGCUCGUGGAUAUCGCUACAUCUCCAUAGGGGCUGCCGGAGGGAUUUCUUCUUCUUCCUGCUCUGCCAGCUGGGAUUUGCAUGAGGUUGAGGCCUUCACAAGCAACGGUCGGCGGGUGACGAUGUCCGCGUCCUCAAGUUCGGGUUGGGAUAGUGGCUACCCACCCAGUAAGGCUGUGGAUGGCGAUACGAGCACAUUCUGGGCAGGCGAUCACGACGUUGGAAUGAGUUGCAGCUGCUGGGAUGACUCGAAGAAAGAUGGUCAGAUUCUGACUCUCGACCUUGGCAGCAAUCAGCAGGUCACACAGCUGAACCUGUACCAAGGAGGCAGCGGCAACGAUUGGGCGGUAAAGCGGGUGAGGUUACAUUGCCAUGAUGCCCUGCCCUUCUCGUCAUCCUCGGACGAACCUCUUGAGAUAGAUGUGUCGGCAGGCGUGACAUUCAUCCUCUGCAGUGGCCAGGGCUGUACGACCGCUCUUUCUCCAGCAUACUACGAUACUUGCAAGGGCGUCGGCGCCAAGCUGGCCGGUGGCCUUGCAGCAGUCCUGGCUAUGCUUGUACUGCUUUGA